AAAGAGCUAGAUGCUAUACGCUCUCUGGGAAAUCCCCAUAACGUUACCGCUCGGAUUCCACUCAUCCCUCACAAUGCCUCUCCACACCUGCCCUACCGACAAACCGCUUGACCUCAGUCUGUGGGACUAUCUGACCAACACGAAGGGACUCGAUGGCAGCCACGAUGACCCGCGGUUCGAGAUGGCCAAGCACCAGUUUGGCGACGCAGCCAAGAACUUCAAGAUCCAGCAUCACAAAGCGCGCAUGUACUAUCAUGAAGCCAAGGGUGAGGGAAUAGUUGAAGAGGAGAUGUCCUUCGAGAGAUGGAGUCAAGUCAAUAUGCCCGCCCUGCAGAUGGCUUUGCGCGAGUUCCAAUACAAGAAGGACCAGCUCGUCCAGGUGGGGUUGAUGAUUUAUGGACCGGGAUACCAUGAGCGCAUGGAGCGCGGAGCUCAUGAGUCAGCGACGAAAGCAGCAGCGGAGGAUGGGUUCUUUAGCUGAAGCCUUGAGGAAUGAGAAGGAUGAGAAUGUUGAUGGUGAUUUCUGGCACAAUUCAUGAUUUACAGUAACUUCCACUCCAACCCU